GGUUGAAGCUAGCUUUCGAGCCCAAAUCCACGACGCCUAGAAAAAGCUCUGUUGAAGGGUAGGGAAGUGGCAUGCAGGCGAUGAUGGGGGCAAUUGCUGAGCAACGGAGAGAGCGGGCGCUGGUGCUUGCUCUCGCCCUCGUCGCGUUCGCGCUGUGCGCGGCGGGCGUCGACGGGGAGGAGGAGGGCGGCGGGCCAGCGGAGGCAGAGCCCGCGGCGGGGCAGUCGUCGCUGCCGCCCGGGUGGAGCGGCGACUCGGGGUCCGCGCAUGGGUCCAGCCCUGGCGGCGGUUCGUGGGAGUACGGCUGGAGCUGGGCUGCGGGGCCUGACGGGAAAGGUGGCGGGUUCGGGUUUGGUUACGGAGGAAGCGGAGGUGAAGGCGGCGGCGGAGGUGGAGGUGGCGGCGGCGGGGGAGGAGGGAGUGGAAAGGCAUUUGGUUUUGGCAUCGGCGGGUAUAAAGGCCACCAUGGCGGCUUCAGCGGUGGUGGCGGUUCUGGCGGUGGUGGUGGCUUCGGCGCUGGCGGCUACGGUGGUGGCUUCGGCGGCGCCUUAGGGAACGGAGGCGCCGCUGGUGGUUUUGAUGGAGAAGCUGGCAACGGCGGCGGUGGAGGAGGAUACGGUGGCGGUGACGGCGCUGGUGGUGGUUACGGCAGCUCCGGUGCUGGCGAUGAGCUUCAUGGCGUAUCUGGUAGUGGCGACGGAGGCGAGGCUGGGUAUAAGGGCAAGGGACCCUCCAGCGCUGGACUCUGGAGCAAGCGUGGCCAUUUCCGCGGCUGGAGGUCGGCGCACAGAGACGGUGGCGGCAACAACUAACUGAAGCUAUUUGCGAUGUUAAUAUAGUGCAUCCAUGGCUUGGUGUUAACAAGCGCGCGACUUGUCGAUCGACAUGGCUCACAAGUGUCCAGUUUGAGCUGUAUGAUGGCCCUGGUAUACACGUAUAGUAUAGCAAAUUAGCAACUGAUGCUUACCCUUUCCCUGACUGACGCCAGUCAGUGCAAUCUACGUACUUCGGUGGCUGUGAUUUGUACGAUAAACCAGCAAAAGGUACUGUAGUGUGAUAGUGUCUGCUACCAGUUUGCUACAGCAUACCUUAAAAACACUUGUAUACUGGCACAUGCAUCAUUUCAUUGUUACCAG